GUCUCUGGGAUACUGUAGUGAUGAAUCUGGUAUUGCUACAUGGACGUGUGUGUACGGCGAGGCUCGCGGGAAUAUAUGGGACUUCCUCCGCCCUCUCAAGAUCAGUGCAUGUAUGAGUGGCGCCAAGCUAUGUCCUCGACGGUUAUAGAAGGGCUGCCGCGGGCCUCGACGGACUGGCCGCCCCCCGACACCAACUACACCCCAAGACUAUGCUCCACGCUCGCCCAUCACCAUAAUGGAAAACGAUAACCCCGAGGAGUGCAAAGUGUGCAUCACCAACUAUGAUAAAGCCAAGCGGCGGCCGCGCACCUUGCCCUGCGGCCACACCUUCUGCACACUGUGUGUGGCGGGCAUGAUCAAGCUGCAGCGUCUCUCUUGCCCCACCUGUCGCGUCGACCACAAGGCCACCUCUGCCACCCACUUCCCCAUCAGCUACGACAUGGAGGCCGUCAUACGUAAACUAAAAGUCUUGCAGCUGACGGUAUUACCAUCGUCAAAACCUAACGAACGACGAUCUUUGAUACAGGAGAAGGAAGACAGCGUCAGCCAGCUUCUCAGUGGGUUUCAGGAGACGCUGUCGCAGCUGAAGAGGUACGAGGUGCAGCUGCGGGACUGGAAGAACCAACACGAGGAACUGCUCGCCAAGCUAAGUGACUUAGUAGAGCGAAACAAAGGAGCGUUGAAACUCCUGGAGGACGAGCUGAGCAUCUUGCUGUAUCAGAGGAAGAAGGGCGAGGAAGGUGUGGCGCGACUGGAGGGGACACAGGGGAGCCUGGCAGGAGUCCACUCCGCCGCCGAGGCUGCCACAGCCCUCGAUGACAGCGAGCGCUACAACGCUGAGGUUGAAGACUGGAUCCAGAACUGCCAGAAAAUCUUCCCAGAUGUCAACACCAUUCACACUUCCCUCAAGGUGCGGGAGGUGACGAAGAGGGCGCUGGAGACCAUAAAGGACGCUGACGCCAUAGACGACGCCCCGGUGUUCCUGGGAGACGCCGACCACACCAUCAUGGAGAAGGUGGACCAGCUGGCGCCGAUUUUAUCAAUUGAGAGCCUGAGACGGCUGGGAGAGACGGUGAAGGCGCUGAUAGAGGCGGAUAAGGUGGUGGCGGUGCCACAGGACCAGGGGCGCCAGCUCUCCUCCAGGAUUACCCUCCACAAGGGUCGCCUCCACCUUCACACCCUCCUGCACCAGCCCACGCCGCUUCACGCCCACACCCUCGAGCACGAGACACUGAUGAAUCUGGUGGAGCCGUCUUCGACUCUGGUGUUCUUGGACAUCGGGUGGGCGGGUUCAGCAAGAGGCCGGAUCUACAUUCGUCUGAGUCCCGACACCGGUCUGGCCAAGCAGUUCCUGCUGAUGUGUACUGGGCUGCGGGGUCCCACCUACGCUAACACGCGGAUACUGGGAGUCUGGAAUAAAGGCACAGAGUUCGAGAUGGUGGGAGGCGGCGACUACGACUGCAACAACGGACAAGGAGGGACGCCAUUGCUGCAGGGUCUGACCAACUGUGAGGCAUACAGGAGGCCGGCAAGAGCUGGCACGGUCAGGGCUCUACAUGGCCCCGAGAGCACCAAGAGCGCUCAGUUCUCCAUCACCACCAGGGACUGCGCUAACAGGGAGUGGUACUGGGCCUUCGGGCAAGUGGAGAGCGGCUUGGAUGUGCUGAAGGCAGUAGCUAACCACAAGUGCAUCAAGGAGGUGAGUGUGGUUGACUGUGGCGUUCUGUUGCCGCCAUAAACUCUAUGUGUCACUCCCUACACACAGUGGCGCGUUGCUGGAAACCUUAUCGGGCUAUGUAUCUGUAGUGAUGUCCUCACCUAAAGCACGAGCACGGCUUAGAAAAUUCUUGUAAAGGCUUGGCGCGCAUGAUGAAAUACAUUAUAAAAAGCUGCAUUUUCCAGCGCCUCCGUGUGGCAGUACAGAGGAGAAAUGCACUCUCCAUUCUUGGUUUCUGACCUGCAUCUGACGAGCUCCUCAACAUCUUGCUAUUUUACAAUGGAUAUUUUAAUGAAUAUGUCGUAAUUGAAAGGACGGUGAAUUGUACAGCUACCUCCAUAUGGUGCUUCAUUUUGUAUACUAAAGAGUGCAAUGUUUUGUGCUCAUGGUGUGACCCAAGGAUUGUCAUGUGUUGUCGCCCAUGGUGUGACCCAGGGAUUGUCGUGGGUCGCGCCAUAUGUCGUGAGUCUAGUUUGAUGGUAAUCUAUUCAUUAUCAUUUUAUAAAUGUUUGGCCGUAUCAUGUUCUGUACAGUUACCCCUUCCCUGUUAGAACCCGUUUUCUUCUCUACGCGCCACACGCCUUAACCUGCCUCAUCCCUAAAACCUGAAUCAUCUUCCACAACUAUCGACACCACACCCUACAUUCCUCCACCCCAUUUAAUUUUCCUCUUAACACCUUCACUCCUUCCCUUUUCCUCUUCCCUAAGUACCUUUCCCCUUCUCGCCUUCCCCUCAUACCUUCCCCUACUUACAAUUCCUCACGUCCUUGGCCUUUAGUCCUCUCCCAUAAACUAACAUCAUUUUAUCUAUGAAACCUUUUCUGCCUAUUUUCCCAUCCGCACCCCCCCCUCACUCGCUCUUGUCCAGCAUCAUUGGGGCCCCUCUUUUCCUUCCCCCUUCCCUCCCUCCACAUUUCUCCUCCCUCCCUUCCUUCCUUUCAUACACGACACACAAGAUCAAAGAGAAUGAGCAGUUUCGUCAUAUUUAAUGGAUGAAUAAGCAUUAUAUCUGUGUCGAGGCUACGAACAUCCGCCACUAGGCUCGUUCGUGUAUUCGUUCAAGUGUUUGUGCGUGUAUGAGAGGGGGCGGGGAUUAGUUGGG